AUGCCAUGGAAAGAGAUAUCCGCAAAGGCAAGGCAGAAGACUCUCGAUAGCAUUCCUGCAGAAUGGAAACUUCCAAAGGAGAAGCUGCCAGCAGACGAUGUCUUGGACAUAACAGGGUUCCCAGCCCAGUCUGGACUACUGUCAGAGAAGGAAUUGCAGAUUACCGACAGCCUUGCUACGGAAAUUGUUGCAAAGAUAGCCAAAGGAGAAUGGACCUCCGAAGAUGUGACCCUGGCAUUCUGCAAAAGAGCUGCUCUUGCCCAUCAACUGACGAACUGCCUUACGGUGGUCAUGUUCGGAGACGGCCUCAAAAGAGCAAAAGCGUUGGAUGCCGAGUUCAAGAAGACUGGAAAGGUCGCUGGUCCCCUGCAUGGUCUACCGGUGUCGUUAAAGGACAACUUCAAUGUUCCUGGUUACCCUUCCUCAGUCGGCUUUUGCUCCUGGGCAUCUGACCCUAUGGAUCAAGAAAGCAGCAUUGUAACCACAUUGAAAAAUCUCGGUGCGGUGCCUUAUGUAAAGACCAAUGUUCCUACUGCCAUGAUGAUAGCGGAAACGGUCAACAAUUGCUAUGGCCGGACUGUCAAUCCAUUGAAUCGAGCUACCACGUCUGGAGGAUCUUCAGGCGGCGAAUCAGCUCUGAUCGCUCUACGUGGCUCGCCUCUCGGCGUCGGGACUGAUAUUGGUGGAUCCCUGCGAAUACCAGCAGCUUGCACCGGCAUAUUCACAUUGAAGCCAAGCGCCGGAAGAUUUCCUCACUUUGACGCGAGAUCCGGACUAGCAGGGCAAGAGGCGGUACCUAGUGUGCAUGGCCCGAUGGCAAGAAGUAUCGCAGAUCUACGGUUGUAUACUGAAAACGUGGUUGGCACGCAACCUUGGAACAAAGAUCCAAAGUGCUUGCCAAUUCCAUACCGCAAUGUUGAGCUGAAGAAGAAGCCUAAAAUUGCUGUAUUGUGGGACAACGGCAUGAUCAGACCUACUCCGCCAGUGACCAGAGCCAUCAAAGAGGUCGUUAAGAAGCUCAAAGCGAAAGGCUAUGAGCUCGUGGACUGGCCAAAUACUGAUCAUGCCGAGGCAUUGCAGCUGCUUGGCCAAUUCUUUGUCGCAGAUGGAGGGAAAUCUGUUGCGAAUAUUCUGACGCCAGUGGGUGAGCCAAUCCGCCCAGAGAUGGCAGCGUACGAAACCGCGAAGGAGGUUGGCUCACAUGAACUAUGGCAAUUGCAAAAGCAAAGAACUGCACUAGCGAAACGCUAUCUCGAUCGCUGGGAGGCAGUCGGCGGUCUCGAUGCCAUUCUUGGUCCCACGACUCCUUAUGCCAGUUCGCCGAAGCAUGGUCAAUUCACGCACGUAGGCUACACUGGUGUCUUCAACAUCUUAGAUUACAGCUCGGUAUCUUUCCCGUCCGGAAUAGCUGUCGAUAAAGCGCAGGACACAACGUCGACGAUCGAGACAUACUAUGGUGAAGCGGACGAAACGACGCAGAAGCAAUACGACCCAGAGCUUGUUCAUGGUCUGCCUGUGAGUCUACAGCUGACAGGUCGUAAACUUGAGGAAGAAAAGAUUCUAGCGCUGGCAGAGCAAGUGGUCAUUGACCUCCAGUAA